GGUGUUACAAUCUUUGGGCAAGAUUUCCAUCCUCCUUCCUCCCCCGAUGAUUGUGUGUGGGGAGUUAUCAAGAGAGGUUAUUAUAGGUUGGAAGACAAGGGUGGACGAGUGUUGAUUGAGGAGCUGGAACAGGUGGGGGCAAAGGAGCUAUUUGGUAGUAAAGGAAAAAGGAUAAGAGUACGUGAAUUUUGUGUAGAGGUGGAAGUCUUGACACCUGGAGGAGGUAGCACCAUCACUAGCUUUUUUGAAAUGAAAGGCAUGUCGAUGAGAGAAGGGGUGGUUAGAGGAUCAACCAUACCCUUCCAGGCGACCUCUAUCAUGAGGGAUGAACUGUUACCUUUAGACAUAAUUGGCGUAGUUGAAUAG